CCGGUGCGUUGUAUUAGUAUACAAGAAGGUGCGAAACGGAGUUUCGUAUUCGGUACAAUUUAUUAGAGCAAAUGCUAUGGUGGCGUAACUGGCAUUACUGAUGUUUCCGUCUGUGGCGUUCUUGUAGAGUGAAAAACUGCGCAGAACGACAAGCUGUGUGUAGUUGAGCGCGCUCACCCGAGUGUGGAGGCUGUCAGCUGUCGCCGCAAUUUUGCUAAGGCCUUUCACAUAAGGUAGUCACCAUAUGCUGAUCAGAAUGAUUCCCGUUUUAAGCCAAUCUGUUACUAAAGUACUUCACUUCAGAAGACGACUGUUCAGCAGAUGUUGCAUAAAUAUUAUAACAUCCACCUUCAGCAAAGCAUCUUUCUCAAAGCUGGCCUCACACAUUGGAGAAAAGAACCUUUUGAUAAUCGGCCCCCCUGGCGCAGGCAAAACUACAGCAGGUAGAAUUAUUGGGCAGAAACUGGGAUUGCCUUUCAUUGAUGUGGAUGACGAUGUUCUAGAGAAGACCUGGGACAUGCCUGUUUCACAGAAACUCUCAGAGGUUGGCGGGGAAAGAUUUUUGGAGGAGGAAGGCAAGGUUCUUUUGAACUUCAGCUCGUUUGGUUGUGUCAUUUCUAUGUCUGGAUCCAACCCUUUGCACCCAGUGAGCAUGCAACACAUGAAGCGCAACGGAAUAGUGGUAUACCUCGAUGUGGACAAUGAAGACAUCAUGAGGAGAAUGGAGAAGAUGAAAGUUGAUAGGAUUGUUGGACAAACCUCAGAUUGCUCCAUUAGAGACAUUCUUCGUUACCGUCAACAGUUUUACAGACAGUGGUUUGACCUACGUGUGCUCUGUGGUACCGGUGACACGGCAGAAGACGUGUGUGAAAAGAUCUUGAAAGAACUGAGGCGAUAUUUUGAAUGUGAGACGUUUGUUUCCACUAGAAGUGCCCCUUCAGAAAUACCCCAAACGUAUUUCUGUGAUGUCACAGUUGAAGGUCUGGCACCUGAUGGUGGGCUAUACGUUCCUUCAAAAGAUCACCCACGACUCUCUGCAGGGGAGUGGCAAAGGCUGAUUGGCAUGUCUUUUCCUGAAAGAGCACAGGUUUUGCUUGAGAAAUGCAUACACCCUGUUGAUGUGAACCCUGUUCAGCUGAUAAAAAUGGUGGAGAAGGCGUACGGAAAUAAUUUUAAUUGCAGUAAGGUUGCACCUAUAAGGCAUCUGGUUGAUGAUCAAUAUGUUCAAGAGCUCUUUCAUGGUCCUACUGCUUCCUUCAAGGACAUGGCUUUACAACUUAUGCCUCAAAUAUUUGCCUACAGCAUUCCACAAACUUGUAAUUAUUUAAUCCUCGUUGCCACAUCUGGAGAUACGGGAAGCGCAGUCCUUGAUGGAUUUAGCAUGCUUUGCAAUGCUGAUAAACAACGGAUUGCUGUUCUGGUAUUAUUUCCUGAAAAUGGCAUAAGUCCUAUCCAGAAAAAACAAAUAACCAGUUAUAGGCAAGAAAAUGUGAAAGCAGUGGGUGUCAACUCAGAUUUUGAUUUUUGCCAAAGGGCAAUCAAACAUCUAUUCUCUAAUCCUGCAUUCAAUGGCUUCCUGGCUACGGAAUACGGCGUGUCCCUCAGCACGGCCAACUCUAUCAACUGGGCCCGGUUGCUUCCACAAAUAGUCUAUCAUUGCUCUGCCUACCUGGACCUAAUUGAUCAAGGUGUCAUAUCGCUUGGAGAUCCCAUUGAUGUCUGCAUUCCUACAGGAAAUUUUGGGAAUUUUUUGUCUGCUAUAUAUGUAAAGCAAAUGGGAAUUCCUAUCCGGAAGUUUAUCUGCGCCUCCAAUCAGAACAACGUACUUACAGAUUUCAUGAACACUGGGGUGUUCGAUCUGAGAAACAGAAAGCUUCACAUCUCGGCUUCCCCUGCCAUCGAUAUAUUGAAGUCUUCCAAUCUUGAACGAUUUAUACAUCUUAUUUCAAAAGGUGAUUGGCAGCUGGUGCAGGAUUUAUAUUCCCAAUUGUUGAAUCAGAACCACUUUAUCGUGCCAAAACCUGUCUUGGAAAGCAUUCAUGAAAAUUGCUCAGCAGGUUGGUGUUCGGAAAAUGACUGUUUCGCAACAAUCCAUUCAGUUUUUACCAAAACUGGAUACAUCCUUGAUCCUCACACGGCUGUGGCCAAAACUGUCGCUGAUCGUUUACAGGAUGGAACUUGUCCCGUUGUGAUUUCUUCUACGGCUCACUAUGCAAAGUUUGCCCCUGAUGUUUUACGGUCCUUAAUGGUUAAAGAAUUAAGCAGUUGUCCACUUGAUCAGCUCCAGCAGAUUCACUCUUUAAAUCCAUUGCCUGUUUCCCAUAAACCUUUAAUGGACUCCCUGAGUGGGGCAGAAAAUAGGGAACAUGAAGUUUGUGAAGCGGACAUUGAAGCUGUCAGUGAAAAAGUGGAAGAGUUUGUGCACAAUACGUUUAUGAAGCAGAGAGUGUAAAGUAGAAGCAAAAUAAAAAAGAGGAUCUACACAUAAUAAAAAGUAUGCAUUGAAACAACUCUUGGAAUGUAAUUGCACAGAAUGUGUGUUGUGCUUCAGGUCUAAAAAAAUUACAGAACACUACCAAGAAGGCCUGGGGCCUACACUUUCAAAAUGGCCUAAAAAAUAACAAAAAGGAGGGCAAAACCCAGAAGGCUAAAAAGGAACAUCUAACCUGAAAGGACCGGGAGAGGAAAACAAAAUGUGGUCAAGAAACAUAAAUGUAGGUCGAUACUAGGAGUUAGAAAGAGAGACGACAAAAACCGUAACACCAAUCAUAAACCAGAGUUGAAAGAAAUUAGAUUAGAAAAAUAAUGCCAGGAGUCACAAAAGAAAUGUACGUAAUCACUAGUUAAAUUGAACCUCAGAUGACUCAUCGUUACAUCAUGUAGGUGUCAAAGGAUAUUUACUAGCUCAAAAGUAACCAGGAGAUGGCAGCGUUUAGCAGAAAGUGCUUAAAGAAGAAAGACCAAGAGAUGGACAAUAAGGCAACCGAAACUUGGUAAUCAGAGGCAAGGAUGAAAAAAGAGGAGUUGACAUUUGGGCCUUCUUGUUACACAAGCCGAUUACACUAGAAAUGGACGCACACGUUUUAUCCAACCGAGAGAUGACGUGUGAUACGAUUGCUGCCAUAUUUAUAUUGGCGAAAAACGCGUAAGUAAAGAAACUAAACGGAAGUAAGGUACAUUUUUUUAAAUUGACGUGAAAAUAGUAUAUUCCAAAAAUGAAUAUAAUGUAGUAAAAGAAUUGAGUCAAAAUACUCAUACAAAACAAGGCAGUUAUGACAGUUAGGGCUACAUGAAGUCACCUUUAUAUGGCUGUGCUAGUGACGUCACCACCACACAGUCCAUUGGAAUCCCUUUGGCAAAGGGUGACACAAAUUCAGAUAACAGUGGUGCCCAAAACCAAAACAAAACUGCUGUUGAAAACUGACAUGAAAAAUUAAUAACUUUUGAAUAAAGCCUCCAAGCAGUUAAUAAAUAUCAUAUGUAUAACUGAUUUUUAGUGGUUAAAGAUAGUUGAGAAAGUUUAAAUACCAACAAUCACAACAGGGAGAGGGGGAACUUCCAAACACCUGGCCCAAAAUAGCAGAGUCUUAAAUGAAGUCAGUCAGUCGUUUUCUGGCCCACUUUGUCCUGAAUGGGGUCACAGGGGGUACCAGAGCCUAUCCCAGUUACCACUGGACACAAACGCAGGAACAAACCCUGGACAUGGACAUCAGUACACGUGGGCCAAAUUAGUGUCUCCAGUCCACCUAACUUAUAUGUCAUUGGACUGUGAAGGAAACCCAUGCAGACACGGGGAGAACAUGGGGAGAAGCUGUUUAAACGACUAUAGACCAGUGGCACAUACAUCUAUUCCAAUGAAAUGCUUUGAACAUUGGGUGAAAAACAUUUUAAUGACAGAGACAAAGUCUUUUCAAGACAACAAUCAAUUUGCUUAUUGUGCAAACAGAAGUGUGGAAGAUGCUCUGCUUGUUAUCUUACAUAAAAUCUACACCUUUCUUGAUCAGCCUGGUUCAUAUGUCAGAGCACUAUUUUUGGAUUUUUCUUCAGCAUUCAAUACUAUACAGCCUCAUAUACUGAUUGGGAAAUUGAACAGUAUGAAUGUAAACCCAUUUAUCACACUAUGGAUUCAGAACUUUCUUUUAAAUCAUUCACAGACAGUUAAAGUUCAGGACACUUUUUCAAUAGUCAUUCAUUCAAACACAGGAAGUCCACAGGGGUGUGUCUCAUCACCAUUACUGUUUACUCUGUACACAAGUGACCUGAGACAGAACAAUGACCACUGCUCCAUUAUUAAGUAUGCGGAUGACACCAUGAUCAUAGGAUGCAUAUCUGGGGAGGAUGAAAGCCACUAUCUAAAUCAAGUGGACUGUAUGGUAAACUGGUGCAAUAAAAACUCUCUCAGUCUGAAUGUAAAAAAAACCAAAGAAAUGAUAUUUGAUUUUAAGAGACAGAAAUCUGUUCACCUAUUGUAGUUCUGGGAGAGGAGGUAGAAAUAGUGAAUGAAUAUAAAUACUUAGGAACUUACCUAGAUAACAAUCUUAACUGGAAUACAAAUACAAAAAAAUUAUUUUCUAAAUGCAACCAGCGCUUAUUUCUCCUCCAUAAACUCAAACUAUUUAAAGUAGACAAGGACCUCAUGUUGUCCUUCUAUCGCAGUAUGAUCCAGUCUGUGAUCACUUUCAGUUUCAUUGCCUGGUUUAAUAGUCUGACAAACCAAAACUCAAAAAAGCUCCAGCAGAUUACGAAGUAUGCAGCUAAAGUUAUUGGGGCUGAUGUAGAUGAUUUGACUAGUGUGUGUCAGAGGGCAAUGUUAAAGAAACUGGAAAUCAUCUCAACUGAUGACAGCCAUCCAUUACAUGUAGAACUAAACUUCAGUAAACCAGGAAGGAUAGUUGCUUUGAAAACCCACACAAAUCGCUCCAGAAACUCCUUUCUUCCUAGUGCCAUACGAUUUUUCAAUAAGAAAUAUCGGAGAUAAUGUAUAAGGUUUUGAUAUAUAUCCUGUAAUUUUUUUUUUUUUGGGUGUAAAUAUGUAUUAUCUAACUGCCUUACCGUAACCUUUCUUAUUUCUAUUUGUCUGUUUUAUUUCAUUCUGUCUGUUCUGUCUGUUAUUAGAUGCAACUGGGAAGGCAAAUUUCAUGUUUUCUUGUGUAAACAUGACUAAAUAAAGAAACCUAAACCUAAACAUAAAUAUAAACAUGCAAACUCCAGACAGGGAGGACAUGGGAUGCGAACUCAGGUCUACUUACUAUGAGGCAGCAGCUCUACCACUGCGCCACCAUGCCACCUCUUAAAUGACAUAUUUAUCUUAAUUUACUAAAUCGACAAAGUGCACAGUAUUUACAAAUAUCCAAAAAAUUGAAAGUAUAUAUUAGAAGAAUACAAAAUGAAAAGCAAAAUCUAAUAUUGCAAAAGUUAUGAAUACCAAACAAAAGGAGGAUCAAGAAGAGGUGAUUACUCAUUGGGGCAGUCACAAAUAUGACUGCCAAAAAAAAAAAGUUGAGAAUCAGAUUAAUGCGAGGAAACAAUUAGAAGUAACAGCUCACCUAAAGCGAGUGUAAAUGCCCAAUACGCAAAACAAA